AUGAAUUUUGUUCGACGUUUAGAGAGUACACUAGGUUUGGCCAAUGAUAGUAGAUCAAGUGAGAAAAUUUCCAAGAUCCUGCCACUUGCAACAGAAUCGUCAGAAUGUGAUCCAUCGAAAUGCUUGAAUUCAUACGAUAAGAAGUGCUUUAAGCUUAAUUCAAUUGAUGUGAAGACACCCCUUUGGGAAACUGCUAAACCUUUUGAUUUUCAGAUAUUGGUGUCGACCGGACAUCAUGAUUGGCCAUUUGAUGCAUAUGACCAGCCUGGAACAAUAUUCCCAAACAUAGCAUCGUUUGAUUUCAGCAAGUACGGAACUGCAAAGUUGAAUGUGACUUCACUUCCUAUUCCGCUGCUGGAUAUGGAUUACAAGAAAUUCAGGAAAGUCGACAUUCUCAUCAUGCCAUAUUUUGUUUGGCUUAGAGGUGUCACAAUCGACAAUUAUGAGGCGGUAUUAUCGAAGGUUCUAGAUGCGUUGGUCUUGAAGAAGCAAAAGCUUAGCGAUUUGCCAAAGCAGAUAUCCGGAGUUUCCAUUGCUGUUGAUCCGUUCAAAUCACACGUCUUCAUAUGUUCACAUCGCACGAGAGAUAAGCGAUGUGGAAGAACUGCACCAUUCAUGAAGAAGGAGUUCGAUUGCCAACUAAGAGAGGACGGACUAUACCGAGAUUCGGGUGAUAGCCGGCCAGAUGGUGUAUGUGUGGCAUUCAUUAAUCACGUGGGUGGUCAUAAGUUUGCGGCAAAUGUACUUAUUUAUAAUAAAGGGGGAGAGUUUGCGUGGUUUGCCAGAUGCACACCGUUGAAUGUGCGUCCAAUCAUCGAUGAGACGCUUCUCAAGGGAAGGGUGUUUCCGGAUAUCGCAAGAAGUGUAAAGAAAAACGACCCAAUCACGUGGUAG